UGUCAGUCUGAAGCGGUUCGGUCUCAUCACACCGCGGUCUCUGGUGACAUUAAUUCGCUUUAUUAAACUAAUUCGAACUUUCUUUCUGAAAUGAGAAACUGAAAAUAAAAAGUCGGGACGUUUUUUUCUCCUCCGGAUCACCUCAGCGACCCUGACCAGGGAGCCAGUUUGAGCUCCAGCUCGGUUGUGAAGAUGAGCUCCGUGUGGAAGCGGUUACAGAGGGUCGGAAAAAAAGCCACCAAGUUCCAGUUCGUAGCUUCAUACCAGGAACUGAUGGUGGAGUGUUCCAGAAAGUGGCAGCCUGAUAAACUGCGGGUGGUUUGGACCAGGAGGAACCGACGGAUCUGCUCCAAACUGCACGGGUGGCAGCCGGGCAUUAAGAACCCGUACCGAGGGAUGGUGGUGUGGCCGGUACCCGAAAACGUGGACAUCACCGUCACGCUGUUCAAGGAUCCUCAUGCUGAUGAGUUCGAGGAUAAAGACUGGACCUUCGUCAUCGAAAACGAGACGGCGAAGGGUCAGCGGAAGGUUUUAGCCUCGGUGGAUCUGAACCUGAAGAGGUUUGCGAGCGCCGCCAUGACUCAGACUGAUGUGACGCUGAAGCUGAAGCCGCUAUCGGUGAAGGUCGUUGAAGCGACGCUGAAGCUUUCGCUCUCCUGCGUCUUCCUCAAGGAGGGAAAAGCUACGGACGAGGACAUGCAGAGCGUGGCGAGUCUGAUGAGCGUGAAGCCGGCGGAUAUCGGCAACCUGGAUGAUUUUAACGAGAGCGACGAGGAAUCAGACAAGAGAUCCGUUAGCGGUGCUAGCGUUAGCGGUGCUAGCGUCAGUUCAGAGCGGAGACUGUCGCUGAGAAACCCUCCCGCAGGUUCUGCUCUCUCUCAUCCUGUCCUGGUUUCUGUCUCUAAUCCCACCCUGCCGUCCCGCCCCCCUCUACCUGCUCCCUCCGCCCCUCUGCCCCGCCCGUCACCGCCCCCCUCCGGCCAGCGGGGGGCGCCGCCCCUCACACACCCACACACUCACACGCCCCACCCCGGGGCGUCGCCUCCGACCCUGCCCUCCAUCUUCCAGCCUUCACGUGGAUCAGCCCCAGCCUCGUUUCAGAGGAGACUCUCGGCUACUGAUGACAUCACAUCCACCUCAGGUCAGAUAAACCGCCGCCACUCUGACCUCACUUCCUGUAAACCUCCACAUCCACUUCCUGCUUCUGUUGCUGCUACAAAAGAUGUUCCUGAUGCUCCUCAUGGUCCUGUACAGAAUCCCAAAUCUCUACAGGAUCACAUCGCCCUCUCUCCUGUUCCCCUCUACUCACCUCAACACCCCAAUCUGUUCCUGUCCUCGUCCAGACUCUCCACCGUCUCUCCAUCAGACUCGUCUCAGCGUGCUGUUAGCAUUAGCACGGCUAACUCUCCGUGUGGCUCCGCCCCUCUCAGUGAUGAACUCAGUCCGGGGUCAAAGUUCAAGCCGCAAGCCAGACAAAACCUCUCGACGUUUUCCAGAUCCGUCGAGGCGCCGGCUCUUCCUGCUCCGCCCGAGUCCUCCGUCACAGAGAGCGGGCGGGGCCAGUGGAGGGCGGAGAACAGUCCGGUUAUUACCCAUAAACCAUCACUGACUGACAGUGAGGAAGAGGAGACGGAGACCAUGGUGACGCUCUUCAUCAGAGAGGAGGGCGACGCCUCAGAGGAACUAACGGAGAACCUGGAACCUCACCAGGAACCGACGAUACAGGACACAGACCUGAACCCAUCAGAUUCAGUCAGGAUCAAACUGGAGGAUGAAACCAUCUCACCAGUCUCGUCCCAGUCUGAGAGCAGAGACGCUGAGGAACACCAGGGUUCCUCAGAACCUCAUCAGGUCCCUCAGACUGGAACCAGCUCAAAUCAAUUUUCUACAAAUACAUCAACCAUCACCAACAAGAUCACUGAUACACACACACACACUGCACACACACACACUGCACACACACACACUGCACACACACACAGUUCUGAGCCGGUGUGUGAUGAGAUGAAGAUCCUUGUGUAUGGUGGAGUAAAGAGGUUGAAGGAUCCAGAAGAACCUGAUCCUACAGAACCGACCCCCCUGAACCCUGGUACUGCACCCAGUGAGAUGAUCCCGGCAGGUGGAAAUAAAAGCUGUGAUGAAGCAGAAGACGUGAAGAACCUGGAGGAACCUGAACAUGAACCCAGUACUGAGGAGAAAUCUGUGACAGAAUCACCUCAGUCUGAUCUUCUGGUACCUCCAGCUCACACAGAACCCACAAACAUCACUGAGCCAGAUACAGAAGGUCCAGAGGAAACAUCUGAGAUCCCAUCCUGGACCACUUUAGAGAAGAUCAAAGGAAGGAAGGGAGAAGAAAACGAUGGAGUCCGUUUGGAGACGUCAGAGAUGGAGUCUCAGGAUGGAGGCAGCAAGCCUGAAUGGAAAUCUGAAAGCGAGCAGCUGAUGAAGAGCCAGCAGGAUGAAGAUCUGAAGAAGGUUGUGGUUGGCUGUGAGGGGUGGAGUGAGGUGAGGGAGGAGUCGAUAGAGGAAACGGCUGAAAGCUCGUCUCAGAUUGAGGACCGGGGCGUGGUUACGGAGGAGGAACCUGCUGAGAUACUGGAGGAACCAUCUCCAGGCCUGGUGAAGGGAAUAUUUGGUGUGUUGUAUAAAGGUUAUGAGACGGUGACGUCCAUGCUGACCCACCCGAGCCCGAGAGAACCUGAGGAACCCGAGGACGCAGAACCAGUACCAGAGGAGAUCGAAAUCCUUCCACCAGAACCCUUCUGUGAUGCAGAACCUACCAGAGCAUCUAAAGAACCUUCUGACCUUCUCAGUCCGUCUGUACCAGAACCUUCAGGACGGAGCCUGGCGGACAAUCUGAGGUUUGCUGCUUCAGAGGUGGAACGAGAGUCAGAGAGACGUCCGACUGGAACCGCCGAGACUGAAAUGGAAGCCGAAAUUAUGAACAGUAAAAGAACGGUACACAAGCUGAAGAUCAGCACCACGCUGGAAUCAAGAGGUCAGCCCCAAGCCCAGAGUUUAGAAGAAAUGAUCGAUCAGCCGUUCCUGACCUGCGUCCCUCUGGAGGCUCAGAAGAAGCUGGAAAUAUGUGAUGGAUCACCUGGUGUCACCACUGAACCGGUUCCUCUGUUAAAGGAAGUGGAUCUGGGUGACAUAGCAGUUGAAGAAUGCUUAGAACAUCUGAGUGAAGAACCUAGUGAGAUGAAACCAGACGUUCAGAAGAAAAAGACCCACACGGGAGGUUUGAUUCCAUCUGAACCCCUGGAGGAGGAGCUGGAGUUUGAGGUGGGACAGGAGGAUGUAGGAACAGUGUGGCUGGCUGAGCUCUAUAUGAGUGAUGGACCGAAGGAAUCGCCAUCAUGGACCUCCACCGUCGAUACCACACCUCGGGCAGCACAGGAGCCAGGUUCACCUUCAGCUCUAGAUGUUACGUCACAUGAGACCGAGAGGAAAAACACCGGAGCUCCGGCGCAGGAAGUCGACUCAAGCUGCAGAGCUCCUCCUGAGAACAAUGAAACAGGAAGUGGAAGAGGUACGAAUGAAGAACAUUCCAGAGGAAGUGCUGUUCCUCCAGUGGAGGCUCCUGACUGUCCUUCAGCUAAACCCAGAGCACCAGUUUCUUCAAAGCACAUGUUAGCGACACCCAAAGAUCAGCUGGAUGAUACCAGAGGAGACAGACCUGAGAGAGAACAGCCACGUGAAACCAAAACACCUUUAGCUUCGUUACAUGAACAGCCAGAUGAGGACAAAGAGCGUUUACCAGUAACUGAAGAUCAGCCCAGUGAUACCAGUGCAUAUUCAGGAACAGUGAAAGAACAGCCAAUUAAUGUCUGUACUGUCUCGGGUGAUGCUGAAGAGUCUCCAGGAACAGAACCAUCAGACCAAGCCAAAUUAUCCUUCAAAACUGAAAAGGAACAGCCUCAGGAUGUACAAACAUCUACAGCGACUGAAUACCAGACAGAAAAAGAUCAGCCAGAUAAAAACAGAACAGCUCAUGAACAGCCAGCAGAGGCAGAAAUAUCUCUAACAGCUGAGGAAGAGCCGAGCGCUACCACAACGUCUAUAGAGACUGCCAAGGAUCACCCGGGUGAACAGCCUGAUGUAGGCAAAACAAGUUUAGGAACAGCAGAGUUACAGUCAGACCACGCUAAGCUAUCUUCAGCCAUCAAGGAAAAAUCUGAGGGUGCCAGAAGAUCCUUAGGAACAGUUAAAGAGCAGCUAAAUGAUGCUCAGUCAGGUUCAGGAAGAGCUAAUGAACAACUAGAGGUGUUUUCUAGAUCAUUAGAAGCAGCAGAGCAGCAGGUACUGGAGGCGAAGGGAUCUUUAGGAACCCGUAAAGUGCUACAAGAUGAUAAUCAAGCAUCUUCAGGAGCUAUUAAAGAUCAGAACCUGGAUGCUGAAAGAUCUUCAGGAACAAGAAUGGAGGAACCAGGUGACAUCAGGAUGAUCGCUAAGGAACAGUCCAGGAACACGUGUAGAUCUUUAGAAACAGCUACAGAACAGCUAGAUGGAGCCAGGAUGGAUCUAACUAAAUCUGAAGAUCAGCCAGAAGCCACCAACAUCUCAACAAGAGCAACCAAAUAUCAGACAGACGUUUGCUUGAGGAGCUCAGAGGAACCUCCACCUUCUCCCAAAACCAAAGAGGAAACUCUGGGUGCAUCAGAGGAGCGUUUCCUGCUGGAGAAGAUUCAUCGGAUGGCGGAGGACUCUGAUACGUCACCACUUCCUGUUCCUCGCCCCAAGAAGCGCCUCAUCCCCUCCAGGUCUGACUUUGAUCUUCCUCCGUCACCUCCCGUUCCCCACCGAGCCGACGCUUCAGCACCAGCACCUGAUCAGAAGGAAUUUCCUGUUCCUGCCGUCACUGACAAAAACCAUCCAGUAGAUGCCGAAGAGCCGAGCGCUGAUGAGACGGUGAACAUCUCAGCAGGUUCCAGAAAGGAGAUCCUGGAUUUAACAGCUAGUAAUGAAGUGGACGAAGCUGCUGAGGUUGGAGUGGAGAGAAUGAAGCUGGUACCGGUCCAGGAUGAGGAAGUUUCUCGGGUGGAUGGUCGUUCACCUCAGUCAGGAUCUCCUGACCCUGGAACAGUCCUAAUGACCGACCAUGUGACUCCAGCAGUGAUGGACCACGCCCAGAGCGCCACCGAGGAACCGACGCCGGCCGAUCGGCCCUCACAUCACAACAGAAAGAAGAACGUCCCUCCACCUGUAACCCUCCCCGAGAUAAAGCCGGGGCAGGAUGUGAGAGAGAGCACACCUGAGCAGCAGGUUCCUCCCAGUCCGGCGCUGGUCGGUUCCUCUCAGUCGCUGCUGCAGUGGUGUCAGGAGGUCACGCAGAGCUACAGGGGGGUGAAGGUCACCAACUUCAGCACAUCAUGGAGGAACGGCCUGGCCUUCUGCUCCAUCCUCCAUCACUUCCACCCCGAGAAGAUUGAUUUUGAUGCUCUGGAGCCUCAUGAUAUUAAAAUGAACAACAAGAGAGCGUUUGAUGGAUUCUCUGAGUUGGGGAUUUCUCGGCUCCUGGACCCGUCUGAUCUGGUUCUGCUGUCGGUUCCGGACCGUCUGAUGGUGAUGACCUACCUGAGUCAGAUCCAAUCUCACUUCUCCGGUCAGGAUCUGAGCGUCCUGCAGUUAGAGACCAACAGCAGCGAGUCCAGCUACGCCGUCACCACGCCCCACGCCACCAUGCCCUUCUGCCCUCUACCGGCUCAAAGCAACAGCAGCGACGCCCAAACGCCCAAACACGCCCUGCUGCCCCCACCCAGAACCAAGCGGGCCGGGAAAGGGGAGGAGACGAGUACGGAGGGCGUGGCACAGACACCGGUGGCUCCACCGCGAAACAAACAGCCAGUCGGGAAAGAGAACGAGAGCGAGGUCUUUGUAAAUGAGGAUGGAAACACAUCAAAGGCUGCUGAACCCACACCAGCACCAGCAGAACCAGCAGAACCAGAACCAACGGACACCAGUCAGUACGUGGUGAAUGAGAUAAAAGCUCUGGAACUGGAGCAGAAACACAUCGACACCAGAGCGGCUGUAGUGGAGCGCAGACUGAGACGCCUCAUGGAGACAGGCAGCGAUAAGGAUCAGGAGGAGACGCUGAUACAGGAGUGGUUCACUCUGGUUAAUAAGAAGAACGCUCUGAUCAGGAGACAGGAUCACCUGGAGAUGUUACAGGAGGAACAGGACCUGGAGAGAAGAUUUGAGCUUCUGACCCGGGAGCUCAGAGCCAUGAUGGCUGUAGAAGAGUGGAAGAAGAGCGACGCUCACCAGCGGCGGGAGCAGCUGCUCCUGCAGGAACUGGUUUCUCUGGUCAACCAGCGAGAUGAACUGGUUCGAGACAUGGACACCAAAGAGAGAGGGGCGCUGGAGGAGGACGCCCGGCUGGAGAGAGGACUCGAGCUCCGGCGCCGAAAAUACAGCAACAAGGAGAAAUGCGUCCUGCAGUAACAUCACACUGCAGCUCCUGCAGCAGGAACCCAAUCCACCUUCUGCACCUUCUACGUUCAUCCGGGCUAAUUAACCUGCUCGCGUAAUGAUUAGCGCUCAUGCUAGCUCAGCGUAUUCGCAGUAUUUUGUUGUUCUUGUUUACAUGCAGCGGUGGACUGGCGCUGUCGAACCUUCUUCCACAGACGCUCACUAGGAGCACCAGCAAAAGAUUCACUUUGAUCCAGAACUCACUGCAGUGUGUUGCUUCCAGGUGGCUCUGGAACCACCCUGACCCUGACCAGGAUGAAGCCAUCAGUGCCUGAAUCAGAACUCAGACCGUAGUUUAAAGUUUCACUUGAUUUGAAGUGAGUAGCAGCAGAUGUGGGUCCCGGGUGCCAGGGUUCCAUCCUCACCUCAGGUAGCAGUGAGGAGUUUAGCAUGUUCUCCCCGCAGUACUGUGCGUUUUAUUUCAGUAUUAUGGUGACCCCCGGGUGUGGGAGGGUGAAUCUGUGACUGACGCCCCGUGAUGAAUGAGGGGUUUGUUAGGGUGGCACCACAGUGCUGUACAGAAGCAGGUGGAAUCAGAUGAUCCAGGUUAUUCAGAUGCGCAGGUUUAGAUGAUCAGAUAAUCAGAUUCUGGUUCUGAUAACGUGCAAUAAAAUGUAGAUUUAAAUCCGUGUUAUGACUGAGAUGAUGAGUUCAGCAGCCAUGCCUGCUUCUUAUUUGUUUAAGUUUAAUUUUGUCUGAUUCUGAUUACACGUGUUUAAGUCUCACAUGUCCUCAUAUUAUUGGACUUUGGGACUGGAUUAGAUUUAGUGCUUUAUCGGGGCGCUCGGGUUUGAGUCCUGAUGUCCGGUGCACAGCAGACACAGUUGGGCGUGUCUGUAGGAGGGAGGGCUGCAUGGGGAUCCGGAGGGGAUUCAGUGUGAGUGGUGGAGGAGUACAGCGGGAUGAAUGUGCUCCUCUCUACAAACUGUUUGCACUGAGAGAUUUUUAUUAAAAUAUAAAAUGUGUUGAACCACAAAGUGCUUUUAAAGGUUUUGUACUGAGUUAUUGUGUUUCUGUUUAUUUAUAAUAAUAUUUGAUGGAUAUUUACACAGAACUGCAGGUUAUUUGUGUUCAGUUUGGUUUAUGGAGUGAAUGAAUGAUAUAUACGGUGUUUAGUGACGCUGCUGUGGCUUCAGUUUCCUAAAUAAUCAUGAAUAAAUUCAUCACUGCUGCGUGACAUUUGUGUUUAUUAAUGAUUAAAGUUGAUGUUGUGUUUUCA